AUGAAUAUUCAUACAGCAUAUUUUACUUUAUACAUCGUUGUGCCCAUAGCUGGUAUACUACUGAAUGGAUAUGUGUUAUGGAGAUUAAUACGAAUAGCCAGAAAAAAUUCUGUUCGAUUCGAAACUUCAUCAGCCUUACCGUUGGCUUGUAUGAGUGUGAGCGACACGAUCACCUUAUGGGCUCAAUUAGUUCAAGCAGUUUUUCAUUCAAUUAAUAAAAGUUUUAUGAAUAAUACAAUAUUGGAUAUAAUUUGUAAAAUAGACAUAUAUCUUAUGCACACGACUUCAGCCUUCAGUGUUUGGUCAUGGUUAGCUUUAUCUGUUCUACGUUAUACGGCUGUAUUUCAUCCGAUAAAAUACCGAACCAUCUGGAGACAGCCUCGAAACGCUUUGAAAGCACUCGCUAUAUCAUGCUGCGCUUUUGAAGUCUGGAUUCUAUACCUCGUCGUUUAUUCUGAUGAUGGAAGGAUAUGUACAGAAGAUUCCUCGUUCUCAGAACAUCAUAAGAAAUUAGCCCAUUUGAUGGAUAUUAUUAUGUUUUACGCCAUACCUUCUCUUCUCCGCAUAUUCUUCGAUGGAAUUGUCCUGUUUCAUUGUUAUAAUCCAUUUACGAUGCUUGACACUUCCUUAUAUGAAAGACGUUAUGCCAUAAGUUUACCUAGCAAUUUCCGAAGAGCUUCACGUUCUUCAACAAUGACCGAUGUGGAUACCGUGGAGCUACGAAACAACAUGGCUCUGGUCAUGUCCAUAUCAUCUGUUACGAGCCAGGGACGAACGAAGAAGCGACAAAAGUUUGUGAAAAAGAAAGCAGCGAUGGUGAUGAGGUCGAUAGUGAUAUCAGUACUGAAUCUCGUCUUAAACCUGCCUUCUCACAUCAUGAGAGCAUGGCUGACAAUAGACGAAGAUUCUGGUUCAAAUGAUUUAAUACCAAUAUUGGAACCAAUAUCUCAGAUACUGUAUUUCUCACAAUUCGCUUGUAACGCCUUCUAUCUAUCAACUUCCAUCUAUGAAACUACUGGCACACCAAGGAAUACGGUUAUUGUUAAUAAUGGACGUCAAAUCUCCAGAUGUAUGUCGAACGAAGAAGAUGAUUGUUAA